UUGAUUUUUUGAUGUUCUUGUUGUUGCAUGGUACUUUUGAGUUUGUUUUCAACUCAAGCAGGACGAUUUGCAGAGAAGUUAUUUGAACCCUUCCUUUCUCCAGUCUCAUUUGGUCUUCAUUGUCCGUGCACUUACGAAAACAGUAUGGCCUCCGUUGGUCCUCUUCGUCGCGUUGCCUCCUCCCUGCUCGGGAAACCAGUGUUUGCGAGGAGUCUCUCAGGCAAAGUCGAACAUGUCACUGUGAUUGGGGGCGGUUUGAUGGGAUCUGGCAUUGCACAAGUCGCUGCACAGUCGGAGCAUAAGGUGACGCUGUGCGAUACUUCGCAAGAUAUCCUGAACAAGUCCGUCAAGAGAAUUGAACAGAGCCUGUCCCGCGUCGCCAAGAAGAAGAUCGAGGGCGAAGAAGCCCAGCGCCAGUUUGUUGACAACGUUGUAGCACGAAUUUCUACUGCUACGGAUCCCUGUGCGGCUGUUGCCUCUAUGAACAGUGAUUUGGUCGUGGAAGCCAUUGUCGAGAAUAUCGAGGUCAAGCGUAAGCUUUUCUCGUCCCUGGACAAGGCCGCCCCGGAGAAGACGAUAUUUGCUUCGAACACGUCCUCACUGCCAAUUGGUGAGAUUGCUGAAUCCACAGCCCGUUUGGAUCGGUUUGGUGGCCUGCACUUCUUCAAUCCUGUGCCUGUUAUGAAGUUAGUGGAGGUAAUCAGUAUUGAACAAACGAGUGAUGCAACGUUCACUGCCCUGGAGAGCUUUGGCAAGGCGGUUGGAAAGCACACGGUAAAGUGCCGUGACACUGCAGGGUUUAUCGUCAACCGUUUGUUGGUGCCAUAUCUGGCAGAAAGUGUGCGGAUGGCAGAGCGAGGGGACGCCAGCCUCCGCGACAUCGAUGCGGCCAUGAAGCUCGGUGCUGGCUAUCCGAUGGGACCCAUUGAGCUCCUGGAUUACGUCGGCCUUGACACGACUAAGUUCAUUCUGGACGGAUGGCACCAGAAGUACCCGGAUAAUCCUCUUUUCAAGCCCAGCGCGAUGCUCAACUCCCUUGUCGAGAAGGGCCACCUUGGUGUGAAAACCGGCCAAGGCUUCUAUGAAUACCCGAAGAAGUAAACACACUGGUGUGCAUGCCGUCAUCACGGAGUCCGUGGUGAAUUUGAUGAGAUUCAGAUCCACGUGGUAUGAAACGAUUUUGUGAUCACGCCCGAAUUACGACUUUCAGUGGACAAGCACGAGGCCAAAAAAACUGGUUUCCAGCUUUGCUUGCUGUUUCUAUGCUUGUCGUAUCCUGGUUAGGCACAUGAUGUAAUGGUUACUGACUGCUCCGUAUUGAUCUUGCUGAGAGCAUGUCUUCUGGUUUAAAUCAUAAUCAUCACUGUUAUUCAGUGCAAGUAUAAAUUUCCCCUGUUCUGAUGCUGAGCUACUGUUUACUACAUGCUUUGUAUAUUUACAUGUAGUACAAUACUGUUUCCUUGCUGCCCCACCCAAACCCACUUUUUUUUUAAUUCUAAGUUUUGUUUAGUCGAUUUAGGAUUUUGUCUCGAGUUCAGCUGGGCUGGUGGAGACGACGUUUGAGAUUGAAGCAUUUGAAAUGCUAA